AUGUCCUUUUUCGGUGGAGCUGACUGUUCGGUCAACGGCAACGCUGUGGCCCAGCUCAACAAGCAUACUCAACAAGACCGUUCUCUCCAGAGACAGACAAACCAACCUGGCCAGGUUUCGAACCAGGGUUUCAAAAAUGACAAGAUGAUGAACCAGAGAGACUUGGAGCAGUUCAUGGGAAGCGGAUCGCCUUCGCCACUGCCUUUCCAGUUCCAGCCCAUGCGUCACGAACUCAACCGAAUCCAGAGUCUGCUGCAGCCCUCUGCGGCGGCAAACCAGCAAAACUGGCUCAACGAGUUCAACGCUCAAAUCUACAGGCACCGUCCCAGAACCUUGAACAACACACAGUGGGCUUCUGAAUUCGGCCAGGCCCCUCAGGCUCAGCACCAGCAGAACCACAUGCAGCAGAAUAGAAUGCCCAUGAUGAACUACAGACCCAUGAUGGGUAUGGGCAUGAACCUGAUGGGUUCGAGUCUGAUGCAACAGCAGCACCAGCAGCAACAGCCUCAGGCUGAAACCGCAGAUGCUUCCGUGGACUGGGACAACCAGUUUAAGGAGAUCGAGCAGCUCAGUGCUGAUGCCUCGGCUGCUGAAGAAGUGGCUGCCGAGAAGGAGGAUGUGGAGGCCGAGCCUGUGAUUGACGACAAGUACCAGGCCACAUUUCAGGAAGUGUGGGACCUGUUGAACCUGGACUCGAUUGAGAACGACUUCAUUUCCCAGCAAUACGAGGAGUUCAAGAACUCCCAGGGCGAGACCUACCCUCCCAGUAUGUCACAGUGGGAGAGAGACUUUGCCAAGUACGCCUCCACCAGAGCCCACUUUGGUGAUUACAAGUUUGAGUCGAACGAGCAAAACCAGUUUUUGGACUUGCCGCAAACUGAGGAUCCUUAUCAGAUUGGUCUCCAGUUGAUGGAGAAUGGCGCCAAGUUGUCCGAGGCUGCAUUGGCCUUCGAGGCCGCCAUCAGCCGUGACCUGAGCCACGUUCAGGCCUGGCUCAAGCUUGGUGAGGUGCAGACUCAGAACGAGAAGGAGGUGGCUGGCAUCACCGCUCUCGAGAAGUGUCUCGAGUUGAACCCAGAAAACUCCGAGGCCUUGAUGACCUUGGCCAUCUCUUACAUCAACGAAGGCUACGACAACGCCGCCUUUGCCACCUUGGAGCGUUGGAUCGCUACCACAUACCCCGACAUUGCCGAACAGGCUCGCCAGGAGAACCCAACUAUCUCCGACGAGGACAGAUUCACCUUGCACAAGCGUGUGACUGAAUUGUUCAUCAAGGCUGCUCAGUUGUCGCCCGAACAGGCCAACAUGAACGCUGAUGUUCAGAUGGGUCUUGGUGUGCUUUUCUAUGCCAACGAGGACUUUGACAAGACCAUCGACUGCUUCAAGGCGGCUCUUUCAAUCAGACCAGACGACCCAGUCUUGUGGAACAGAUUGGGAGCCUCUUUGGCUAACUCAAACCGCUCCGAGGAAGCUGUGAAUGCAUACUUCAAGGCUUUGGAGCUUAGACCCACGUUUGUGCGUGCUAGAUACAACUUGGGUGUUUCGUGCAUCAACAUCAGCUGCUACAAGGAGGCAGCAGAGCACUUGCUCAGUGGUUUGGCGAUGCACCAGGUGGAAGGACAGGAGUCGACGCUUAGUCACAACCAGUCGUCGUCGUUGAUGGAGACGUUGAAAAGAGCGUUCAUUGCCAUGGACAGAAGAGAUUUGGUUGAGCUCGUCAAGCCAGGUAUGGACUUGGAACAGUUCAGGGCGAGUUCAGCUUCUAGUGAAGUAGGUAGUAAAUAA